AAAGGAGGGCGAUUAAUUUCUCGAUUAAUCGUCGUGUAAGUUGGAUGGAUUGCAGCUAAAAAGUUUUUAGCUAAAUCCAUUUUGUCAGCAAUUUUCUGGAAUUUACAUCAUAAUUCUGUGUGAAAAUCUUUCAGUAUAGUUUUAUGCAUGUAGUCUGUGAUACAUUGCAUAGGAAUUGCUGGGUGAGGCAGUGAAAAGUGCUCGUGUGAAAAGUGAUGGCUGAAGGGAAUUGCGUUGUAUAAUUUUUCUUUGGUGAUUUUGCUACUUGAAAAUUCGCCAAUUUUCUGAAAAAAUCAUAGUGUGCAUUGAGAAACAGAGGGUAAAAAAAAAAUGUUGACACCACAGUCUACGCCUCAAUACGACAUCAUUGUGGAGACUCUGACGGGGUCAGAGUUGAAAGUGACCGUAACUGAGAAGGAUACCAUCGGCUACAUCAAGUCCCGGAUACAGAAGUAUGAAGGUAUUCCAGUUGGGCAUCAGCACUUGCUCUACAAUCACAAUGAAUUGAGCGACACGACGGAAAUGAAGGAUAUACCGUUGGUAAAGGGGUCUCGGUUAAAAUUGGUUCUUGGCCUCAAAGGUGGACCUGUUUCUGCACGUCGUGUCGUCACUCUUCCUGACUAUGAGAAUUGGUUUGAUUUAAGUGACGUCCUCAAUACAUCUAGGCAAGAACCUCUCACAAUUUCAACGCCUGGUGUUAAGGUUCUGGUUUAUAAGGAUUGCAAGAAGAAUAUUCAUCGUUUGAUGAAAUUUCGCACAGGAAAGAAUUUACUAACAAAAGGUUCGGAAGAACAUACAGAAGCUGCUACAAAUGAGUCACAAAAUGACCAAUGGCUGAAUGAUAAUAUUAAUACUCUGGAGAAAAUGCAUCAAUUGCGUACGAAGUUGGAAUGGAAGAAGCGCAAUAAAACACCAAAAUCCUCUGGCACAAAUCAUAGUAAAAGCACUGAGAGUCGGUCGAUGGAGAUGAUUUCAUGUUCGCAUUCAAAAUGCAACAUUGAGACGGAAAUUGGUAGGAAACUCCGUCGUUUGGGAUUUAUGUCAAAGGCAAGAGCACCAGUUGUCACUGAUAUUGUUACCACAAUGGAAAACUCUCUAAAGGCUGAUAGUAGUGGCGGUAGUAGUCGCAUGGGAAAUAAAAUGGAUGGCGAUGGAGGAAAGAAUUGGUGUCAAAGUAAUGAAAAGAUAAACAACAAUAAUUCUUAUUUUUUCAAUCAUCGACACUCACAAGGGUCACUAAAAGUGGCUCAGCCACUGGUGAAUGUCAAUUAUUUCAAUGUUGGUGGCAGAAGCAAAAGUGCCAAACCACCUACAACAGCCAUUGGGGAAUUUAGUAAGAUGAAAAUUCGUGAGAAUAUUCGGAGAAAUCGAUCAUUCAAAACUAUUAAUACGGAAAGUGACAUGGUAAUUGAGGAAAAUCAAGUUCAUGGCAGUUCUAAGUGCUUGGAUAGUGUACUACGACGACCGAGUAAUGCGAGGAGUCGAGAGGAGCAGCAAAUAGCUGAACAGACAAAGGUGCAGGAAUUUGAAAAAUUUAUUGAGCAAUUUAGCAAAUCACGCAUAACAUCGCUGUCGGAUCCGUGUGGAGAGCGUGGUGUUGGGAAGUGUGAGAAGGAGAAGAAGCUCAAUAAGAGGAGUAUAUUAUCAAAACAUUUAUCAACAGCUAGUUUCGAAAAUAAGCUUUUUGUUGAGCAUCAACAUACAUUUGCCAUAAAUAAUCAUGGUGAAUCCAGAGCUUCAUGUUCAAGUGACUUUCAACUUGACACAACCAAUGCAGAUACAGCAUAUCGAGUUUUUAAGCUACCCUCGGAAAAUGGAAAUAAUUAUGAACUACCUAAAUUGCUUAUACGUGAGGAUUCCCCGGUGGAAUCAUUUCACUCAUCUGAUUCCCAAUUGGAGACUCUGGCUCUGCGUGGUGAAUCCCCCAAGACUGUUUUGGAUUCUUUUGCAAAGAUUGAGAGUGACGAUGGCAGUGGGGCUGAUCCCAAGGUGUCAUCAUCAACUGAAUCAAUACUGCAAUUGUAUGAUUCACCAUCAAGUACGAAGAAUUCACGACAGGAAUUACUGAAUGUGUUGGAUAGUGGUGGCGGUGGCGGAGGUGGUGGCGGUGGUGGUGGUGAUGUAGGUGGUAAAGGUGCCGUUUGCAAAAAGUCAUCGAGUGAUAUAGGACUGAGUAAUUUAGAAUUGAAUUUUUUGAAUGAUGAUCCAGCCGAUGGAGCUGAAUGUGAUGGUGCUGCUGGUGCGUGUUUGCAAAUUGGGAGGAAGGAUUUGGAUGAUGAUGAUGGGUUGAUGAAGAUGGGGGGAGGAGGAGGAGGAGGAGAUUGCUGGAAGACAGGAUCACCAUUGGAUUUUGACAAACAAUCUCCACAGUCGAGUACAUCGUUUAAUUUUAUGAGUAGUGGUGAUAUAUCACCAAAUGACGAUGAUGAUGAUGUUUUCAAUAGUUGCGAAAUGUUGCAUCAUGGUGGAACGGGUGGGAAGUCAAAGUCUGUGGAGAUGAAUGAGUUCAGGAUGAUGUUUGGGAGUAGUCCGACAUUGCUCAAUAAUUACAGUGGCGGCGGCGGCGGCGGCGGGGGUAUUGGUGGGGUGACGUCAAGUGGGACGGCUGGUUCGCGUUUGAAUGGGAUAUCGGCAGCGUCACCCUUUAUGUACCGUCGACAUCCAGCUGAUACUUGCCUGUCGAGCAGUACGUCGGAUUUGGAAUGUCUGCCGGGCAGGGUGAAGGGAGAAAGUGUAACGGGUGGUGCUAAGGGUGGAAGGGAAUUGCCGUCUCUGCUGAGGCAUCGAAAUAAUGAACAUUUGGAUUAUAUGAGGAGCUAUGAGAACCUCGAUCGAACAAAGAUUGUACGAUUGAGGAAUGACAAAGUGACAGCUGUCAAUGGUGGCGGGGGUGGUGAGAGGGAUUGGAGGGUGUUUGAUGGUAGCAAUAGUGAUCAUAUGUCCCAUGAACAUCUCCCUGGGCAAGAUCCAACGGAUGAUUUUUCUGCCUUUGCCCGAUUAAACUACCAUCAUCAUCAUCAUCAUCAUGAUCAUCAUCAUCAUCAUCAUGGUAUUGGUGGUAGUGGUAGUAGUAGUAAUGGUGAUUUCCCAGUUUCCUUUCCGUCCAAUGAAAGUCUUUUCAAUAUCAAUUUUGACACAUUUGAGGAUGAUGUGAUAGAAAUUGAUACACUUGGGAUGUUUGAUGGUGCACAAGGCAAUAAUAAUGGACUGAUUUUGCCAGAAAUUAAUGAUGCUCAAGUGAAAUUUGCCACAUCAACGGCAACAGCAUCAUCAUCAUCAACAACAACAAUUUCCGGUAAAAAGUGCCACAGUAAUAAUGUUGAUUGUAUUGUGGGGACCAUGGCAAAGACCACGGAAAUUGAUGAUGUUGAUGAUGCUGCCAUAGUAGGAGGUGUUGUGAAGAAGGGCAAAAAAUUGCGUUGUGCUGAGUGUAAGAAGAAAUUGGGACUGAUAAUGGUGAUGAGGUGUCACUGUGAAAAGGUAUUUUGUCCGCAGCAUCGCUAUGCUGAAGCUCACAAUUGUUCGUACAAUUUUAAGCAGGAAGGACGAAAGAUUCUUGCACGAGAAAAUCCACUUGUUGUGGCACAAAAGUUACCUAAAAUUUAAAAAAAAAAUACAAGAAAGCAAAAAAAAUAUUGCCUAUUGUUGAUUUCUCGCUUUUUUUCUUAUUUACUCUUUUAUUUUUUUUUUAUCAUGUACAUUAUAUAAAACUAUUAUUUUUUAUUGCCUUUUAGAGCAUUGAAUUUUUUUUUGGUGAUUAUUCUUACAAAAAAAAAACAAACAUUUAGGAUUGAAAAUCCUUUUACAUAAUAUUUUAUUAAUGUUCUUUUUCUCGUUUUUUUUACAAUAUUCACUACAAUGAUUAUAAAAAGAAAAGUAUACAGGGGAAAGUAAUCUCUCUUCGAACAUUCAUGCCUUCGAAUAAUGUGAUUUUUUUUUUUAUUUUUCUUAACCCUUUAAGGACUAGAAGCUUUCCGCUCAGCGAAAUUCAACGAAAUCAAGUUUCCCUCGAUAUUUUAGCCUAAAUAAGAGAUUUACGGUUCAAAAGAAAUUUUCCCAUCCCUAGGAGUCCUGGAAAACUAUGGGUCAUAUAUGACCCAAUCGUCCUUAAAGGUAAAAAAACAGAAAAUUUUCCAGACGACUAGUUUACUCGUUUGCUCUGUUAUUUUUGAAAGAUAAAUAACUUGAAUAUAUUUGUAAUAAUAAAAGCAAUAUUUAGAGUACAAGUAAAAAUUAAAACGAUCAAAAAUUUAUUUUAAAAAAUCUCAUUCAAUUUUUGGUCUCAAAGACUCUUGAAGACUUGUACGCAAAAACAAUAAUUUUUAUGAAAAAAUGUAUUAUUGUUUACUUCAUUUUUAAUUUUUUGAUAUUCAUCGAAACAAUUGCGAGUACUGGUAACACGGAGAUAAAUGUCGCAUGCCUCACAAAUACAAUUGGUCUUAUAAUCCUUUUUUCUGAUAGCACCAUGUGCACCUCAGUUUUCUUUGAAACAUGUUUGAUGGUAAUGGGUAGGUGCAAUGUUGCUUGUCUCUGGGAAUUUCAGACGUACAGUUGCACAUUGCUGUGGAUCUGGGAGUUCUUCCGGAGUUGAUGCUUUUUCGAUGAAGACUUUAAAGUCCACUUCAUCCACGUCUUGUUCCAAAUAUAUUAUGUCGCUUUCGUUCAAGACAAGAUUGUCGGGAUCAUCGCUAUCUUCCGGGCAUAAUAUGUGGAUGAUUUCGGGUUUAUUGAUCAUGAAAUUUUUUUUCUCCAUUUUUGAAAUCAUCUACAAGAGUAAAAAGUUAUGAAUUUACAACAUAUACGCAGAAUUAUCUUAUAAAUUAUCAAAAUAUUACCUUUUUUUGUCAGUAUUGCACUGGGAAAUUUCAGCUAAUUGAUAUAUCACACAAUAUUACACGAAUAAUUAACUAUUUUGCGCACCCUUACACAAAAACAUGAAACAUUCUAACCUCAAAUCUUGGAAAAUCCACUAGUGACAGAUUCAGUGUUUUUUUACCUUUAUGGACGAUUGGGUCAUAUAUGACCCAUGAAAAUUAUGAAGCUUUCCUGAAAAUAUUAAUAAACUAUAAUUUUUACUUUGUUGAGAAAUAUUAUCUAUAGUUAUUAUAGUUUCUAGUCCUAAGAGUUCUGACGGAGUUCCUAGUGCCGGGUCCUUCUGUUAGGUCUUCGUGCCUCGCCGUGCUGAGAUCGGGGAGCCGCAUUCUUCACAAUUCCCUCUUUGUUGAGGGAGUUAUUCUCUGGAAUGAACUUCCUAGAGAAGAGAAACGGCAGCUUAUCCAAACCUUUUUGGCGCCGUAGUCUUGCUUUCUUAAUUUGAUUUUUUUCUCGUUUUCUGGUCAGGAAGAAUUUUUUCUCUUUAAUGAUGCAGAUCGCUUAUACAACCUGAGAAUUAGUUUUCCACCGUUUUACUCUGGAGUAGGUUGGUCACCAACACUUAGACGCCGGUGGGCGCAAAAGAAUACUUCCUGACCACAUUUAUUUAUUUGUUUAUUAUUUAUAUGUAUCUCUGGAAUUUUUUUUGUGUAUUAAGCUUUCAAGAGUGCAAGCUCAAAAGCUUUGAAUAAAUUGAAAUUGAAAAAAUUGAAUUAAGAGGUUUUUGCUUAAAAAAAUUAGAAAUAUUAAAAAUAUUAAAAUUCAAGCAUCAACGUAAAAAAUUGAAAAUUCGUUAUUUUUGAGCUCAAAUAUUUUUUAUAUAGCAAAUAGCUGGAGAUUUGCAAAAAAUAUCCUAGAUUCCUACAUCUUUCUACUUUGUGAUUAUGUACAAACAUUAGAAAGAAAUAACUUUAGGUAGUCAGGAAAAAUUAUUUUCUUUAUGGGUCACAGGUGACCCAAUCGUCCUUAAAGGGUUAAAAGAGUUAUGCCCCAGACACACUUACGACUUAAGUCGAGAGACGACUUAGUAGAAAAUCAUGGAAAUGAUGUCUAACCGUUAUUUCGAAUAUAAUUACGCUAAGCUGUCUCUCGGCUAAUCCUCAGGUAUGUCAAGGCCCUUACUGUGUUAUCACACUUGCACAUUAAAAUUUUAAUAUGAUUCACAUUAAUUGUCUCUGGUGAGAGUCUAAAUGUGUAAUUUGUGUGUUUGAAUCAUUUUAUAUUCAAAAAUUGAUCUAUUUGUUGAUAAAAAGGUAGACUUGGCCCGCAAAAUUUGAUAUAAAUUGAUUUAUAGCAUUAAUGCGAAAAAUUAAUGGAAUUUUCUCAUUAAUUUUUCAAUGUGAAAAAUAUUUAUGCUUUAUGUAAAUUUAAACUUAUUUUUGCAGGCCAAGUCCACUUCUUUAUCAAUAAAUAGAAAAACCCCAAAUAUUAAGUGACUCAAAGACACAAAUAACAUAUUUGGACGCUCACAAGCGACAAUUAAUGUGAAUUACAUUAAAAUUUUAAUGUGCAAAGGUGAUAACGCCGUACACAUUUCUAUUAACUAUUAGCUUAUCAUUAAUUAUUGAUAACUACCUGAUGAUUAUGUGUAAAUCUCUUACAAAAAAUAAAAGAAAUUCACAUUAUUCGAAGGCAUGAACGUUCGAAAGGAAAGCACUUUCCCCUUAUAUAUUUUUAAUGAAGAAGAAAAAAAUGCUCUUGUAGUCAAAAUGAGAGAUUUACUGAAGAAAAACAAAUAUAUAUAUAAUUAUGGGAUAGAAAGGUGAAGAAAAAAAAAUUGAUAUCCUAUUAACACUGAAUAGAGCAAGAUAAAAAAAAGAAGAAUUAUGUAGAGAAUAUUGCAAUAUACCUAUAUAUUUAUAGUUAGUUGAAAACUAUCAAAUUAUUAAAUAACAAAAAAAGAAUGGUGUAUUUUUUAAAGAGACAAGUGGGUGGAUAAAAAAAAAGAAAUAUGGAUAUUUUUUUCUCUAGAAUUUUGGAGAAAUGGUUGAAAUUAGCAAAGAGGAAAAUAAAGAAUAAAAAAAGAUUGUAAUUUCCGUUUUAAUUCGCAUCAAAUACAAUUUGCAUAUGCUUCUUUCAAGAUAAUAUUUAAUACUUCUUUUUUUGUGUUACAUAUAUUUUAUUUUUACAUUUCAAAGGAAAAAAAAAGGAAAUGUCUUCAGCUAAUGUAAUAUGAUCUUUGUGUGUAACUAAAAACAAAAGUAUCUUCUGCAUAUUGGUGAAAAGUAUGUACUACAAGGAAAUUAUUGAAAAAAAUACAUUAAAAAAAUAAUUUUGAAAC